GGUGCACUCUGGGCCGCCGGCGGGCCUGAGCGAGAGCCGGGAGCGGCGGCCGUGCCCCCAGCCCGACGUCCAAGAUGAUGCCCACGCCGGUCAUCCUGCUGAAGGAGGGGACGGACAGCUCCCAAGGGGUGCCCCAGCUGGUCAGCAACAUCAGCGCCUGCCAGGUGAUCGCCGAGGCCGUCCGCACCACCCUCGGCCCCCGCGGGAUGGACAAGCUCAUCGUCGACGGCAGAGGCAAAGCCACCAUCUCCAACGACGGGGCCACCAUCCUGAAGCUCCUCGACGUCGUCCACCCUGCGGCCAGAACCCUCGUGGACAUCGCCAAGUCCCAAGACGCGGAGGUCGGGGACGGCACCACCUCCGUGACCCUGCUGGCCGCCGAGUUCCUGAAGCAGGUGAAGUCCUACGUGGAAGAGGGGCUUCACCCCCAGAUCAUCAUCCGGGCCUUCCGCACCGCCACCCAGCUGGCGGUGAGCAGGAUCAAGGAGAUCGCCGUGACCGUGAAGAAGGAGGACAGAGCGGAACAGCGUCGCCUUCUAGAGAAGUGCGCCGUGACGGCCCUGAGCUCCAAGCUCAUCGCUCAGCAGAAGGCCUUCUUCGCCAAGAUGGUGGUCGACGCCGUCGGGAUGCUGGACGACCUGCUGCAGCUGAAGAUGAUCGGGAUCAAGAAGGUCCAGGGCGGGGCCCUGGAGGAGUCGCAGCUGGUGGCCGGGGUGGCCUUCAAGAAGACCUUCUCCUACGCCGGGUUCGAGAUGCAGCCCAAGAAGUACGAGGCCCCCAAGAUCGCCCUCCUCAACGUCGAGCUGGAGCUCAAGGCGGAGAAGGAGAACGCCGAAGUCAGGGUCCGCACGGUCCAGGACUAUCAGGCCAUCGUGGACGCCGAGUGGGACAUCCUGUACGACAAGCUGGAGAAGAUCCACGCGUCGGGAGCCAAGGUGAUCCUGUCCAAGCUGCCCAUCGGCGACGUGGCCACCCAGUACUUCGCCGACCGGGACAUGUUCUGCGCCGGCCGGGUCCCGGAAGAGGAUCUGAAGAGGACGAUGAUGGCGUGCGGCGGCUCCAUCCAGACCAGCGUCAGUUCCCUGACGGACGAGGUCCUGGGCGGCUGCCGGCUCUUCGAGGAGUCUCAGAUCGGCGGGGAGAGGUACAACCUGUUCGCCGGCUGCCCCGGGGCCAAGACGUGCACCAUCAUCCUGCGCGGGGGCGCCGAGCAGUUCAUGGAGGAGACGGAGCGCUCCCUCCACGACGCCAUCAUGAUCGUCCGCAGGGCCAUCAAGAACGACUCGGUGGUGGCCGGCGGCGGAGCCAUCGAGAUGGAGCUCUCCAAGUACCUGCGCGACUACUCCCGCACCAUCCCGGGCAAGCAGCAGCUGCUGAUCGGCGCCUACGCCAAAGCCCUGGAGAUCAUCCCCCGCCAGCUGUGCGACAACGCCGGCUUCGAUGCCACCAACGUCCUCAACAAGCUGCGGGCCAAGCACGCCCAGGGGGGCACGUGGUUCGGCGUGGACGUCAACAAGGAGGACAUCGCCGACAACUUCGAGGCCUUCGUGUGGGAGCCCGCCGUGGUCCGCAUCAACGCCCUCACGGCCGCCUCCGAGGCCGCCUGCCUCGUCGUGUCCGUGGACGAGACCGUCAAGAACCCUCGCUCCACGGUGGACGGGCCCCCGGCCGGCCGGGGCCGCGGCCGCGGCCGACCCCGCUGAGGAGCCGCCGGCCCCCGG